AUGGCUUCAAGGGAAUUAGUGUUAUCUUUAAUUUCUGAUUAUUUAGAAAGGAAUGCCGAAUUAGCCAAGGUUUCCAAGGCAUUGACCAAAGAGAUAUCGAAACAGUCUAUUGAUUUACCAAGCACUGAAGAUAAAUUAGAAGACUUAAUAACUCAGCACAAAGAGGCUGGGAAGGAAAGUGACAAUGAGUCAUCAGACGAGUCUAAUAAUUCUGACAGUGAUAGCUCCGAUAGUGAUAGCUCAGAUUCAGACUCAGACUCGGAAUCGGAAAGUUCAGACUCAGAAUCCGACUCAGAUUCAAAAUCAAAAACUGAUAGCUCAGACAGCUCCGACUCAGACAGUUCUGACUCAGAUAGCUCAGACUCCGAUUCAGACUCCGACUCAAAAUCUAAAUCUAAAUCUAAAUCUAA